AUGGCGACGACGCCGCCGAACGCGCAGCGCCGAUUGCUACGCGACUUCAAGAAGGUGACGGCUGAUGCGCCGAUCGGGGUGUCUGCAGCCCCAGUGGGUGACGACCUCUUCCAGUGGAACGCCAUCAUCUUUGGGCCCUCAGGCACCGCAUGGGAGGGCGGCGUGUGGAAGUUGGUGCUGUCCUUCUCGACCGAGUAUCCACAGAAGCCACCCGAUGUGCGCUUCCAGACAGAGGUCUUCCAUCCCAACGUCUUCCCAGACGGACAGAUAUGCCUGGACCUCCUCAAGUCCUCCGGCUGGUCGCCGGCCUACGACGUGUGCACCAUCCUGGUGGCCAUCCAGUCCUUACUUGCCGACCCGGACACGCAUGCCACGCCCGAAGGGGGUGCAAACCCGGAUGCGGAGUCGCUCUUCGUGAGGGAUCGCCAGGGCUACAACUCAAAGGUGAAGGCCCUGGUGCAGAAGCAGUUGGAGGAUGACGACAUGGGCUGCCUUAGCGCUGUGCCUUGA